GUGGCACAGACCUAACCCGAAUGAGCCGGAGAGUGGGCAUCCUUCACCGGUGUCGCUGGGCUUUGGGACACUUGCUUCUCCUGGACAGCUUCUCCUUGGUGCUCAGACCAGUCGUGCCACGAGGGACCGCGCUUUACAGGUUGUCAUCAGCCACGUGCAGCCCUCAGGCAGGGCUGGAAGCAGGAAGGAACUCCCCUCGCCGGGUUCCCAGCUGGAAAAUGGCCAAGCGGGAGCAGGUGUUCGGGGUGCAUCUACGAACCGGAGAGAACAGCACCACUUUGCCCUUUUGGACCUCGGCCUUCCACCAGGACCAACCCCGCAAUCUGACAAGGCGGCUUUGCGAACCCAGUGCCCCAGGAACUUUGGGCAGCUCCCCAGACAAAGAGAAUUCUGCCGGAUACAAGGAGACAUGGGCAACAGCAGAAGCCAGUCGGGGCCGAGGUUUUGUUCACAGUUUCUCCCCGUGGAGCAGGCCGAGAUCGAUGGGUUGUUUGACGCUCUGUCAUCGGAGAAGCAGCGCCCAGAUACCUCCCCCAGGUCCUUCUCUCUUAGGGCAGUAAAGAGUCACCUAGGGGAAGCCCUUCCCCCGGAGAUGGUCACAAGACUGUACGAUGGCAUGCGGAGGCUCGACCUGCCGGGGAAGGCGAAGGGGCCCAGCGAGAGCGUCUCCCGGGAGCAGUUCACAAUGUUCAUGUCCCACUUGCUAAAGGGAAGCUCCGAGGAGAAGAGUCUUGUGAUCAUGAAAAUGAUUUCUGCCACAGAAGGUCCCGUGAAAGUGAGAGAAGUCCAGAAGUUCACGGAGGAUCUGGUUGGCUCUGUAGUGCACGUGCUAAACUACAGACAGGAGCUGAGAGGCUGGACCCAGAAGAGGGGCCCGGGCCCCCCGCCCGGGGUGCAGGUGCUGGCAGCCCAGCUCUUCUCCGAGAUGGAACUCCGAGGCAACGAGGAGCUUCCGGGGCCUCAGCAGCUGGACCGUGACUGUGACCGAGCCGUGAUCGAGGACUGGGUGUUCAGGGCCCCCCACGUGGCCACGUUCCUGAGCGUGGUCAUCCACAGAGGCUUUCUCCUCCCGCGCUUGUCCCUCGAUCUGGCCCCCCUGGUCCCUGAGCGUCACGUGGACCAGGAGAGGGUGUUUCAGAGCAUCCUGGACGUGCCGUCGGUCAUCUACGUCAACGCCCACCUGCCCAGGGAGCAGCGGCACCGCUGGCACCUGCUCUUCUCUUCUGAGCUCCACGGGCACAGCUUCGCCCAGCUCUGUGGGCGCAUCACCCACCAGGGCCCCUGCGUGCUGUUGCUCGAGGACCGUGAUGGCCACGUGUUCGGUGGGUUUGCGUCCUGCUCCUGGGAGGUCAAGCCUCAGUUUCAAGGGGACGACAGGUGCUUCCUGUUCUCCACCUCCCCCCGUAUGGCUGUGUAUACCUCCACGGGCUACAACGACCACUACAUGUACCUGAAUCACGGGCAGCAGACGAUCCCAAACGGCCUGGGCAUGGGCGGACAGCACAAUUACUUUGGGCUGUGGGUUGAUGUCGAUUUCGGGAAAGGACACAGCAAGGCCAAGCCCAAGUGCACCACGUACCACAGCCCUCAGCUGUCCGCCCAGGAGGACUUCCGGUUUGAGAAGAUGGAGGUGUGGGCAGUGGGCGAGGCGCCGGGCUCGCAGCAGGCCCAGAGGAACAGGAGCAUCCUGGCUGUGGACCCUGAGGCCCAGGCGCUGCUGGAGAUCAUCGGGCGCCCUCGCCACAGCCAAGGGCUCCAGGACGUCCCGGAGGAUGAGUGAGGAGCCCCCCGGGCUCGGGCCUCCCCAGAGCUGGAUCCCGGCUGCCCUGUGCAGGGCACAGCCUGCAGACCCCUCCCUCUGUCGCACGUGCUCAAGUUCAACACAGAGCCAUGCUGGUCACGUCCGGGACCACCCGGAAUGCAGUAAAAUACCUUUGCUGCCAUAUACGGAUUGGUCAGUGCCUCUCCCAGAAGUCCCGAGGGCCAGCAACCUGGUCCUUGUGUUGUUUCUUGCCGAGGCAAUCCGGGGACACAGACGCCGAGGCCUCUGCCGGGCAUUUGACGGGCACGUGCCUUCCUGCCGCGCAGGACAGGUUCCAUGUGCCGGGGGUGCUUGGCCUCUGCUCAGGACCCUGCAGCCGAAACCGUGCCUUGAUGUUGCAUUUCAGCUGGUCAAGGGCAGAGGCAUUGGGAUGUGGGUCUCCGCACUUUUGGGGAGCAGCUUCCCCUGACAUGAAAUUUCUGUGUUGAUAAAGCAGCACAAACAAUGCGCUGGGGGGGGGGGGGGGCGGGGAGAGCCAAAGACUCGGGAGAGAGCAGGUGUCCCCGUGUGACGGGUCCUCAGUGGUUUGCAACCGGGCUCCACAUCCGCCCUUCUCAGCUGGUUUUAAAGGAGCCUGUGCCAUGAUCUACGGAUCACUGCCAAGGUGUGGUUCUGUCACCGAUUUAAACGUGGGGAGGGCGGAAGCCCCGCCACGUCCCGUCGCAUAAACUGGUGGUGAGUCACUGGGAAGUACUGACCCGGGUUCCUGACCCUGGCACUGCCUCCUCGGUGUCGCCCCCUGGCCCAGAGUGGCUCCCAGAGGGGGGUGACGGGCCAUUCGAUAGCAGGGACUCACUUUGAACCAACUCAAGUGACCCCGGCUGCUAACUGCAAUCUCGGUGGGUGUCUGAGACGGGCCGGAGGAAACCAGCUGCACCGAGAAGUCCUUCCCCGAAGAGCUGUGGGCUCGUCUCCAGAACACGUAUCUCUUCCUCGCCUCUCUCUCCGUAGACUUUUCACUUUCUGCAGAUCUGACGAAGAACGUGACCCCUUAUGAUUGACAUCACCGGAUUCUAAGCCAUCGUCAACU